GCGGCUUGUUGUCCCGGCUGGGCUUGGCCGCAUGGCUCCGGGGCAGGAGCGGGCCGUGACGCUGGGGGUGCGGAGCCGGUGUCGGGAGGCGGUGGGGAGGCUGGGUGUUGUGCAGCUGUUGUUCUUUUCUGCCCUGUGCAGAUGGCAGUGCCUGUGGGGAGGGGCGGGGUGUUGCCUCCAUUAGGGGGCAUCCAGUAACCCUGAGUCAGGAGGACCCCGAGGCUGGAUACUGACUAGACUGUCUGAGUGCCUAGUGGACAGAGCGCUGUGCUUAGACUCAGGAACUCAGAGUGCUGAAUGACCUUGGGCAAGAAAGUCCACCACUCUGCCUCAGUUUCUCUGUAAAAUAGGGAUAAUGACACUGAUUCCUCUUGUAAAGCGCUGUGAGAACUAGUGAUGGAAAGUGCUAGCUCUACAACAAUGCCUGGGUCUCUUCCUGUGAAUGCUGAAGCCUGCUGGCCAAAAGAUGUGGGAAUUGUUGCCCUGGAGAUCUAUUUUCCUUCUCAGUAUGUUGACCAGACAGAAUUGGAAACAUUUGAUGGUGUGGAUGCUGGGAAGUACACCAUUGGCUUGGGUCAAUCGAAGAUGGGAUUCUGCUCAGAUAGAGAGGAUAUCAACUCACUCUGCUUGACUGUGGUACAGAAGCUUAUGGAGAGGAACAGUCUCUCCUAUGAUUGCAUUGGGAGAUUAGAAGUUGGAACAGAGACAAUCAUUGACAAGUCAAAAUCUGUAAAGACUGUCCUGAUGCAGCUCUUUGAGGAUUCUGGUAAUACAGACGUAGAAGGGAUUGACACAACAAAUGCAUGCUAUGGAGGCACUGCUGCUAUCUUUAAUGCUGUUAACUGGGUUGAGUCCAGUUCUUGGGAUGGUCGUUAUGCACUUGUUGUUGCUGGAGACAUAGCUGUGUAUGCCACUGGAAAUGCCAGGCCAACCGGUGGAGCUGGUGCUGUUGCUAUGUUAAUUGGUCCAAAUGCUCCUUUAAUUUUUGAGCGAGGACUGCGUGGGACCCAUAUGCAGCAUGCCUAUGACUUUUAUAAGCCAGACAUGGUGUCUGAAUAUCCUGUAGUUGAUGGUAAACUAUCUAUUCAGUGCUACCUCAGUGCAUUAGAUCGCUGCUAUUUUGUCUACCGCAACAAAAUCCGUGCUCAGUGGCAAAAAGAAGGAAGUGACAGAGACUUUACCUUGAAUGACUUUGGCUUCAUGAUCUUCCAUUCUCCAUACUGUAAACUUGUACAGAAAUCUGUGGCUCGACUGUUGUUGAAUGACUUUCUUAGUGACCAGAACUCUAAAACAGAAAAUGGUAUCUAUAGUGGCUUGGAAGCUUUCAGGGAUGUAAAACUGGAGGAUACCUAUUUUGAUAGAGAUGUGGAGAAGGCCUUUAUGAAAGCUAGUGCUGAACUCUUUAAUCAGAAAACCAAAGCUUCUUUACUUGUAUCCAAUCAAAAUGGAAACAUGUACACCCCUUCAGUCUAUGGCUGCCUUGCUUCUCUUCUAGCACAGUACUCCCCACAGCAGCUAGCAGGACAAAGAAUUGGUGUGUUCUCCUAUGGCUCUGGUUUUGCUGCUACACUCUACUCCAUUAGAGUUACACAGGAUGCCACACCUGGUUCUUCUCUGGAUAAAAUAACUGCUAGCCUAUCUGAUCUGAAAACAAGACUUGACUCAAGAAAGUGUAUUGCACCAGAUGUCUUUGCUGAAAACAUGAAGCUUAGACAGGAAACGCAUCACUUGGCCAACUACAUUCCACAGUGUUCAGUGGAUGAUCUCUUUGAGGGAACGUGGUACCUAGUGCGAGUGGAUGAAAAACACAGAAGAACUUAUGCUCGACGUCCAGUGCUGGGUGAUGGGCUUUUGGAAGCAGGAGCUGAGGUUGUCCAUCCAAGCAUAGUUCAUGAGCUUAUCCCGAGUCCUGCUAAGAAAGUGCCAAGAAUCCCUGCAACCACAGAAUCUGAAGCUGUUGCUGUCUCUGUUUCCAAUGGAGAGCAUUAAUAUACCUCUGUGAGGUGUGAAAUUAAUCAAAAUGGGCGUGGUGGAAAAGGGAUUAAAUAUCUAAAUUUCACUGUACAGAAAUAUUCUAAUUGGAGCAUGGAAAACUGUUUAAACUCCUUGAGAGGCUUUGUUUAAUGUGGUUUCAUAACACUAAAGCAUGAAUGUAUUGGAAAAGAAAAAGGCAAAGGUUCGGAGGGCUUUCAUAACUCUUGAUGUUGGUGUGGUUUUAAAAAAAGGUUCAGGAAUUACAAGAUCUUGGUAACUGGACACAGAAAAACAGGAAUUUUGCUUGACUUCCCAAUUUUUUUAGUGAAACCUAAAAUAGGUUUAAAUGUGCAUGCACAAACUCCCACCCUGGGAGUAAAAUUUUCUAAAUGGAGGAGGGGGGAACAAACGGGUUCCUUCCGCUCCCCAAAAACUGACCAAAAGCCGUUCUCUCGCUCUUUUUCAGAAGUCACUUUGCUUUUUAAUGUUGGGGUCCUCAGUGCCUUGACAAUAAACUGUCAGUUUUCUAAAUACAAUAUACCCAUUACUUCCCCUGCUAAAAAAAUUAAGAUAGGAAUAGGUAUUAAGUGAUCAAAAAUCUGUGACCACCUUAUAGAUUUGGUCUCCAUCUAACUCCCAGUGUCCAUAUCACAUCACUUUUAUCCACAUCCUUAAAGCCCACCGCUAUACUGUUUUGGCAACAUUAGCAGAGGCCAAGGACUGAAUGAAGUUGGAGUCUUUUGUUGUCCUUCCACUGAGCAGUUCUUGACAGGGCAGUGGGAAGAAAGCGAUAUUUGUCAAAUAAAGGGUUUAAUUCCCUAAUUCUUUCAAUCUGGCUUUUAAAAAGCAUUUGGGUUUAAUUUUUUUGUCAGAAUGAUCACAGAGCAGACUUCUAGUCCUCAAUUUCCAAAUACUACGGGGAGUUUAUUCAAACUGACAAACCACAAAGGGAAAAGUGACAGUUCAUUCUUGACUCCUAGCCCUUGCUUCUACUAUAUUUUUCUUAAUGGCAAUUUUUAACUCUGAACUCAUGAUUGGCUUCAUAUUUCACUUGUACUUCUAUAACAAGACUGUUGCAGGAAAACACAAAACCCUUUUUCCAUCCUUCCAGUCUGAAAGCUGUUCAUCAUGCAAGGAGUAAAUGUCCGAAACUAGUGGGGAGACCAUUCUGAGCUAUGAAGAGCCUUGCUAGCUUGUAAAAUAUAUUUAAAUUGUUCUAAUGUACAGGACUGAGUCUCUUGUUUAAUUUUAUUUCACUGUCCACUUCAAAACUUCAUUGUCUAAUAUAAACUUGCAGAAAUGACAUUGUGCGAAAUGCAGGUUUUUGUGUAAUGUAGUGUUUGUAUAAUACACCAUAUGUCACUCACUAGGAUUUGAUAACUUUUUUUGUUGGACUUGUACAGUCAACUUUCUAAAAUUUCAUUUAAUAUGAACUGAUGUGGACUAAUGGUCUAAGUGCUUUUAUGGAAAGUGAUGGAGAAAUGAUGCAUGAAGAUACUUUUGCAAGUGUUUGGGUUUUUAGUUUCAUAAGAGCAACUCUACUUGCUGCCAGAAGACAAAUUUAUCACAGAAUAAAGUCCAUUGCUGGCAAUGGACAGGCCAAGAACUACUGGCACAAAGAAAUUUACUUGCCAUCCUCACUAACACUGAAGCAGCUGAUUUUGUAAAUAAAGUUUUAGAGAUAUUUGAAA